GGGAGAUAGAAUUUGAAGUACAAACCCGGGAUGGUGGAAGAAGGUUUAGAGGUCGGUCCGUGAACAUGUGACGAGAUUAUUAUUGAUGACACAUGUGUGAGUGUGACCACCUUUUUUGGCCCUUUAGCUCCACCAUAUAUAUUCGCUACGUGACCAACUCUUCAUCUGGGUCUGCUCCAUCUACGAUAGAGAUUUUUUAAUUAUCUUGUGUGGUGGUACUCUUUUGAUAUUUUGAUGUCUCCCUCUAGCGAUUAUUGAAAUAUUCCGUUUUUACAAUUUUUGUAUGACAUUCUUUCCAUUUAAUUUCGGUUUUGAUACGAUGUUUUCUAGGUGGCUGUUGAUUUUCUUGUGGUGGAGGGAGUUGAAUCGAAGAAGUGUAAGAGAAAUGGCGGAGGAGUACAAGGAGGCGUUGUUGGAGAAGCACAAGAACCACGAGGGAUGUCCUGGAUGCAAGGUCGAGCAGAUGAAACAGCUCCGGAGAGGUUAUCCUUAUUUGGAGCUUUCUUUCGUUUGGAUCAUUGUCCUCUCCACUUCUCUGCCGAUUUCGUCACUCUAUCCCUUCCUAUAUUACAUGAUUGAGGAUUUUGGUGUUGCAAAGACGGAGAAAGAUAUUGGCUUUUAUGCUGGAUUUAUAGCGUGCUCAUUUAUGCUUGGCAGAGCAUUGACGUCAGUUUUCUGGGGAAUAGUGGCUGACCGUUAUGGGAGGAAACCCAUCAUACUCUUGGGAACUAUCUCCAUUGCAAUUUUCAAUGCGCUUUUUGGCUUAAGCUUGAACUUCUGGAUGGCUAUUGGCACAAGGUUUCUUCUCGGGAGUUUCAACUGUCUACUUGGAACUAUGAAGGCAUAUGCGUCAGAGAUAUUUCGUGAUGAAUAUCAAGCAACAGCAAUGUCUGCUGUUAGUACUGCUUGGGGCAUUGGCCUUAUCAUUGGUCCGGCUCUAGGUGGCUUUUUAGCACAGCCAGCAGACAAGUAUCCAAAUGUGUUCUCCAAAGACUCCAUCUUUGGCAGGUUCCGGUAUGCGUUGCCUUGCUUUACCAUAUCAGCUUUUGCAUUGGUUGUGACAGUACUGUGCUGCUUCAUUCCGGAAACACUGCACAAUCAUAAGCAGGACAUCAUUUCAGAUGAUGACUCAUAUGAAGUACUUGAAGCUGCAUCUCAUGAAUCUGCUGCCUUUACCGGGAAGACUGGAAAAAACGAAAAGGCUUCUCAAGGGUCUCUGUUAAAGAAUUGGCCACUAAUGUCAUCUAUCAUUGUCUAUUGCGUGUUGUGUCUACAUGAUACUGCAUACUCUGAGAUAUUUGCUUUAUGGGCUAACAGUCCAAGGAAAUAUGGAGGUCUGAGCUACUCAACCAAUGAUGUUGGUACAGUUCUUGCAAUCUCAGGUCUCGGCCUAUUCUGCUUUCAGGUCUUUGUUUAUCCUUUGGCUGAGAGAUUGCUAGGACCUGUCCUGGUCACCCGUUUUGCUGGGGCGCUGAUGAUACAAAUACAGAUGAGUUAUCCAUUUAUAGCUAAUUUAUCAGGUCUGAGUUUAAGCUUAUCGUUGAACUGUGCAUGGAUCCUCAUCAAUGUGCUAAGUGUGUCUGCCAUAACCGGCUUGUUGAUCCUGCAAAAUAAAGCUGUGGAUCAAAGUCAGAGAGGGGCAGCUAAUGGAAUUGCUAUGACUGCCAUGUCUCUCUUUAAGACCGUUGGACCAGCUGGAGCUGGCAUCUUAUUUUCUUGGAGUGAGAGGCGACUAAACGCCUCAUUUCUACCAGGAUCACAUUUAGUGUUCUUCGUCCUGAAUGUGAUGGUGGUGGUUGGUGCAGCUCUUACGUUUAAGCCGUUUCUAACAACGGCUAGAAGGUGAAACUCAUUGGAAUUGGUGAAUAGGGAAAUGUAUUGGACUCGUUGAUUUUUUUAGUUUUAGAUUUGGAAAAAAAAAAACUUAGUGAAAUCAUGUCAUUAACUUUUAGUAUUCCAGCUUUUUCCUUUUGUUUUGGUAAGUGUGAUAUUCUACCAAAGAUUAUAGAAACGUCAAUGACAUAAUAACUGUACCAUUUUAAUAUGCGUUAAGGGUUGUAUAGAAGAAAUGGAUUACAUCCUGAGGUGAUCUGUUACAACCAUUUCAGUUCUCUCCAAGAUGUCCUUGAUUAUGGUUAAAUCGAUACAGUCC